AUGGCCAGAAUCAGCUUCAACUCCUACACUCCGCAAGGGACCAUCGAAUUGGUUUCUCGUGCUGGAGUCAAGAAGAGCAAUAUGCGACCCGACAAGGCCUUUCUCAGCGGCGUGUCUGCCGGCUGCCUCCUCGCGUUCGCUGCAGCGAGUGCCUUGAGCACGAACGCCGCGCCCUUGUAUCAGCAGAAUGCGCCAGGAUUGAUCAGGACAAUCAGCUCAUUGGUUUUCCCUUACGGUUUGGUCAUGAUCCUGCUGACUGGAGCCGAUCUCCAUACUGGGUCUUUCAUGUACACGACUGUUGCGGUGCUGCACCGCCGUUUCUCCCUUCCGAAGAUGCUGCUCCACUGGUUCCUUACAUUCUGGGGCAACCUGGCCGGCUCGCUGUUCGUAGUCGCCCUCAUCCUCGGAUGCCGUGAUCUCUCAUCCACGGUCACUGGCAUUUGGUGGCCCAUCUUCGCCUUCGUAUCCCUAGGCCUCAACCACGUAGUCGCGAACAUGGCCUUCGUUCCCAUGGGCAUCUGGCUCAAUACGCCUAGCUGCAGCGUCGGGCUGUAUAUCUGGAAAGGUAUCAUCCCGGCCGGACUCGGCAACAUCAUUGGAGGUUAAGUUAAAUCUUCAUAUCUGCGCUUAAGUGUGACGGGAUACGGGCUGAUGAUGCAUAGGGCCUUGUUCUGUGGUGGCUACUACUGGUAUAUGUACCUCCUCGCUGAACCGGAUAUUGCGAUCGAUAGCAUUUAUUAUGAUCGCUUGGAUGGUAUCGAGAAGGGCGAGCCAGUUAUUCAUGCGCCUUCGGAUGAGGAGAGUGUGCGUAAGAAACCGGUGUUUUGGCUGAGGAUGAGCGUAACCCAACGCUCGGCGGGUAGGAGAUAGGGUAUUGAUG